AUGUCCUCGUCUAUAAUACUCAACAACAGUAACAACAACAACAACAACAACAACAAUAAUACUAAUAAUAACAACAACAACAACAACAGCAACAACAACGACGCAGGAGGUAAGACGUCGAAGUCUCCUCUCAUUGUCCCGAUGAAUAAGAAAGAAAAAACGCCCUCGUCUUCGUCUCCAUCAGGGACAAACAAGAAGGACGACAACGAAACAAUAGUAUUAGAAGAAGAAGAAGAAGAAGAAGAAGGAGAAGAAGAACUGCCCAAGUCAAAGCUGCACGAGGAGAUGAUGGAGAUUUACAAUUGCUACAACGCCAAUUGUUUAGCCUUAGAAGCAGAUCCUGAAAAGAAGGAUAACUGGCAAAGUAGCAAGAAAUAUCCUGGCGAAGUGCUGUGCGUGAAGUGUUCCAACGAUGAGAAACGAGAGAUUGCCGAAAAGAAAAAGUUGGCAAAAGAGAAGAAGCAAGCCGAGGCAAAGGCGCGGACGACUCGGGCAACAUCGAAGCGACCGCACUCACCGCUUCUUUCAGAUAAACACGAGAAUGAAAGAAAGGAGAGAUACGACGACGAGAACAUGGAAGGCGAGGAGGAAGAAGAAGAGGAGGAGGAGGAGACGGAGGAGACGGAAGACCACGUGCCUCUGAGCAAGUUAGCGGUAUUAAAAGGGAAAGAGAGCACACCCCUGCCCCUGCCACGACAGCCGACUGCAAAAUCAAACAAGAAAAAAAGCAAGCCGCAGUGGCUGAAAGAUUGGUACAGCGAAGAAUGGUGGGGACGCGGUGAUAAGAAGAAGUUCAAAGUAUAUACGUACGAAGAGUUGUUCAAUCCUGAGAGAAAGCCAAAGCUUUCUAUGGAAUAUCUCGAAGUCGUGGAGGCUCAUAUCGAUGCGUUUUCGAAAAAUCCUAGAUUUAUACGCCUCGGUUCGCUUCCAAAGCAAAAUAAUUUCGCCAACGACAGACCUCCGCCACCGACGCGUGCGGAAGAAAAGAAGAAGGGACCGGUUACAAUUCAUAGAGUUCGCUCGUCUCAUGGAACACACAACAAACCGCAGUAUAUUCGCAGAGUCACUCUCGCGGAACUAAUGGAUGCAGGACUGAUUACCGCAGGAUUGAACGUACUCUCGAUGGAGUAUCGCGGUAAAGAGUACAAAGCUAACAUCACGAAGAAUCGACAAAUUGCUUUCCAAGGUAAGAGUUAUAACGAACCGGCAUCUUUUAGCUUGGCCGUGAAGCGUUUGGCAAGUCCAGAAAUGAAAUUUUCAAACCCGUGGACUCAUCCCGGUGGCGUGAAAUACAAAGAUAAGCACGGAAGACUCCAGUUCCUUGGCACGCUCCGCGAAAAGUUCUUCUCGAUGACUGGGAGGAACGAUUUGUUGGGUUUGCCCAAGGCGGACUCGAAUCGAAUGAACGAUGUUCAAACGAGAAAAUCCAGAACAAUCACAGUCACUACGAGCGCAAAGUUAUCGAAUUUUGCGCAAAAAUCCUCUACUGAUAAGGGGACGAGAAAUAUUAUGUUGGUUGGUGAAUCUCCGUUGAGGAAGAAAGCGAGGAAACAGGUACCCAAGUUAUAUGCUCCCGUGACGGAUACUUCGAUGGACAAUAUGUGGUUGGAUUCUCCUUCUGACCACGGUAUCGAGCGAGAUCACGAGCAAGAAUACGACGACGACGACGACGACGACGACGACGACGAAGUAUUGAUGAAGAAGAAAGAGGGCAUGGAUAAUGAUGUCAUGACGACGGACGAGGCGGUGGAAAUCGCCGUAAACCAUCGCGACGGAUCGCUCAUCUAUACGGCGGAGAAAAAGAGGAAAAACGUCGUUCGUCCGAAAGCUAACUUCUACAGGCGGUUUCCAGAUUUAACCUGA